AUAUUUCGGUCGAGUCUCUCCAUAAAUUGUGCGUGUCCAUUAAUAUUGUGUGCAUGGUGAGCACAACAUUACCAGAAUUCAAUAUAUUUUUGGCCUGAAAGAGUGUGUGUUGUUAAUAUUGUUGUUUUUUCGCUUCGAACUGCAACUAAUUCCGACUGAAUAAACAUGAAAAUCUUUGUGUUUUUGUUAUUAAAUCUUUUCUUUGUGAUUAAUCAAAUUUUCUGUGAUGAAAUUUUAUCGGAUUUUGAUAACGAUACACAACAAAUUUUCUUUGAUGAUGAAGAAUCAACAAAAGUUCUCAACAUUACACCGAUGCCAAUAUACACCAAGAAUAUCUGGAAUAACAACAAUAAUGAUGAUAGAGCAACCAAGCGGAAAUUUCGAAAACAACAAUCAAAAAAUUAUCAUUAUCGUAAACAUCGUCGACAUCAAUUGCAUCGAAAUUUUAUGAAAUUCCUAAGACAACAGAAUUUGAUAUUGAUGAAAAAUAAUGGCGAUAAAGGUCUGAAAUCAUUGGAUAACAGAGCAAUCAAAUCGUUAUGGAGAAAUUUUUCUAGUCAUUAUUCACAAAGUCAACCAUUUCUCGAGAAUUAUCCUUCGCAAUCAAUCGACCAAUUAAUAUCAUCCAAUAAUGAAUCGAAUCAAAAACGUCGAAAAAAUUCAUCAUCAUCAACAAAAAAACAACCAAACAUUAUAUUCAUAUUGACCGAUGAUCAAGAUAUCGAAUUAGGAUCGAUGAAUUAUAUGCCAAAAACUGUCAAAAUUAUGGCCGAUCAAGGUGUUCAUGUGAAAAAUGCCUAUUCCACUACUCCGAUGUGCUGUCCCAGUCGCAGUUCAAUAUUGACCGGUCUUUAUGUUCAUAAUCAUAAUGUUUAUACAAAUGGUGAAAAUUGUAGCUCAGUACAAUGGCAACAAACAUAUGAACGGCAAACAUUUGCGACAUAUCUUCGAGAUUUUGGUGGAUAUCGUACCGCUUAUUUUGGAAAAUAUCUUAAUGAAUAUAAUGGUAGCUAUAUACCACCUGGUUGGUCCGAUUGGUCAGCAUUAGUUCGAAAUUCUCGAUAUUAUAAUUAUACAUUAAAUGUUAAUGGCGAUAAAAUUCGUCACGGUUUUGAUUAUAAUCUUGAUUAUUAUCCCGAUCUAAUCCUCAAUGAUAGUCUACAAUUUAUUCGUUAUUCAAAACGUUUUUUCAAUUCCAAACCAUAUUUAAUGGUAUUAUCAUUUCCAUCACCACAUGGACCAGAAGAUUCCGCACCACAAUAUCAGAAUUUAUUUCUCAAUGAAAAACGUCACCGAACGAUUAGUUGGAAUCAUGCACCGAAUGGUGAUAAACAAUGGCUAUUACGAAAUACAGUCAAAAUGAGCACAAUACAUGAGAAAUUUACUGAUUUUCUCAAUGCAAAACGCUUACAAACAUUGCAAUCGGUCGAUGAAUCCGUAAAUCAAAUAUAUGAAGAGCUUAAAAAAUUGAAUGAACUUGAUAACACUUAUAUUAUUUACACUUCUGAUCAUGGAUAUCAUUUGGGACAAUUUGGUCUAGUCAAAGGAAAAGCAAUGCCAUUCGAAUUCGAUAUACGUGUUCCAUUUUUUAUUCGUGGUCCGAAUGUUCCGCCGGGUAAAAUACUGCCACAAAUCGUUUUGAAUAUCGAUAUUGCACCUACAUUGUUGGAUAUUGCCGGUAUCAAAGUACCCGAACAUAUGGAUGGCGUAUCAUUUCUACCAUAUAUUCGAUUACUGAAAAAUAGAAAUUCUUCGGAAUUACAUCGUUCGAAAUUGAUUAAACGGGAUACCUUCUUGGUUGAACGGGGAAAAUUUCAAACAAUAAGCAAUAACAAUAAUAAUGAUAAUAAUAUUGAUCGUUUAUUGAUGCCAAUCGUUGGCAAAAAACAAUGGCUACAACUUCAUUGUCUAAAAUCAGAAUAUCAAAGUCCUUGCCGUCCAAAUCAACGUUUCGAAUGUUUCAUUAAUAAUAACGGUGUACAGCGAAUUCGUAAAUGUCCAUCAUUCAAUCGUAAACAUUUUAUUCGUUCUAAAAAAAAUUCACAAGGUCAAUGUAUUUGUCCACCGCUGUCGACCAGAUCUUUGAAAAGGAAUUCAGAUUCGACACGAAUAGGAAAACUGGAUUAUAAACGACGUUUAAAAAAGAUGCAAUUAAGACAACAAAAGCAUGCAAUACGCUCAAAUUUAUUGAAUCGUGCGCGACGAAGCGAUAAAUUUGUUCUAAGUAUACUGGACGAUGGAUUAUCUAUUGACGAUGAUUUUGAUGUUCAAGGUGUUUAUGAAUUGAAAAAAUUGAUUGAAAUUUCAAAAUCUUCAUCCAGUUUAUCGAACAACAAUCAUUCUAACCAUGAUAAUCGAUUAUUGUUGAACAAUAAUUUAGCCAAUAUUACUACUAGCCAAUUGAUAUCCAUACUAGACAAUAACCCUGAUGAUGAUACAUUUGCUGACCUGGCUAAUUAUACCGAUUAUAUGAAUCGUACAUUUUGCACUGUAACUCGUAGUAAUUUUACCAUAGAAUGUUCGGAAGAAAUUUAUUCAAAUCAUCAAGCAUGGCGUGAAAAAAAAGAUUUUAUCAAUGCUGCAAUCAUUGAAUUACAACGACGUUUAUACGAAUUGAAAGGAAUACGAAGAUAUAUCAAUCAAAAUAGGCCAUUAUCAUCAGCAUUCACACCAACAUUUUCAGGCAAAAAAUCAAACCAAACAACUAUAAAUGAAGAAAAUGAAUGUUUUUGUCCCAAAUCAAUUGUCACCACCACCAACACUUCUUUCAUACAAGACAAAGAUGAUGAUAGUGAAACAGACAACAUCCAAAACAGUGAUAACAAUUAUUAUGAUGAUUAUUAUUCGGGAAAGGAAAAUGUUAGUGAUCUGUAUCAUGACGUUAGAAUUGGGCAACCAUCGAUGAUGAUGGUCGAUUCAAAACAUUCAUACAUUGAUGGCAAUAAUCAUAAUCAUAAUUAUGCUGGCCAUCAUCAUCAUCAUCCUCAUCAUCGAACUUCAUUCGAUCUAAAACGUUGGCUAAGACGUCGAGAAAAGAAAAUUCGCCGAAAAGAUAAAUUUGCCAAGACCGAAUGUAAAAUGGCAGUCGGCGGACAUAUGAAUUGUUUCACCCACGAUAAUGAUCAUUGGAAAACGCCACCAUUAUGGACAAAUGGACCAUUUUGUUUUUGUCAAAAUUCACUCAACUCUUCAUUUUGGUGUAUGCGAACAAUCAAUGAAACACAUAAUAAUUUAUAUUGUGAAUUUGUCACUGGUUUCAUUACUUAUUAUGAUUUGAAUAAGGAUCCAUUUCAACUACGAAAUUUGAUUUUUGAUUUGGAUUUCAUUGUUAUCGAAGAAAUGAGUCGGCGAUUAGCAAGAUUGAAAUCCUGUUCCGGAUCAAUCGAAUGUAACAAUGCUGCAUCCUCAAUAUCCGAUGUUCAGUCUUCAACUACUUUGAUUUCCAACAAAAAAACGUCCCGGUCGUUUUCAUCUCGAGCAUUGUCACAACGAUUUUUAACAUCGAUCAUAUAGCAACAAGAACGUUCCAAGGAAAAUUGAGAGCGAGAGAGAGAGAAUGUAUACAAUGUAUAAAAAGAAAUGACAAUUAUCGAUUGUCUCUUUCAAAAAACGCUUGG